AUGUCAUCCCAGGAUCAGAUCGAUGAGUCGCUCUAUAGCCGUCAGCUGUACGUGCUGGGGCAUGAUGCGAUGAAGCAAAUGUCUUCUAGCAGUGUGCUAAUUGUUGGCCUGCAGGGUCUCGGCGCGGAGAUCGCCAAGAACACGGCCCUGGCUGGUGUCAAGAGUGUGACGUUGUACGACCCCGCGCCCGUGCGCAUCGAGGAUCUCAGCACGCAGUUCUUUUUGCGUGAUGAGGACGUGGGCAAGGAGGGAGUGACGCGUGCGUCUGCUACGGUGCCGCGCCUCGCCGAGAUUAACACUUACGUACCGAUCAAGGCCCUCGACGUCCCGGAGCUCACCCCGGACGUCCUCGGCCAGUUCCAGGUCGUGGUGCUGUGCAAUGCGACGGUUGCUGAGCAGCUGCGUGUGAACGAUGUGACGCACAACUCGGGCACGCACUUCCUCGCUGCGUCCGUGCACGGCCUCUUUGGCAGCGUUUUUGCCGACUUUGGCAAGGACUUUGUGUGCAAGGACGUGUCCGGCGAGCAGGCGCUCUCGGGUAUGGUCGUCUCGGUGGAAAAGGACGGCGAGGGUCUCGUUACCACGCUCGACGAGACGCGCCACGGGCUCGAGGACGGCGACUAUGUCACCUUUAGCGAAGUCCAGGGCAUGACGGAGCUCAACGACAUCGAGCCGCGCCGCGUCACGGUCAAGGGGCCGUACACGUUCACGAUCGGCGACACCUCGUCGUUCGGCGACUACCAGCGCGGCGGUAUCUUUAAGCAGGUCAAGCAGCCCAAGACGUUGCACUUCCAGUCGCUGCGCGAGAGUCGCCAGGCGCCCGAGUGCACGAUUUCCGAUUUUGCCAAGAUGGACCGCCCCCCGCUGUUGCACGUUGCGUUUGAGGCGCUCUCGUCCUUCAUUGAGCAGACCGGAAAUGCGCCGCGGCCCCGCAACAAAGACGACGCGGCGGCUGUGCUGCAGCACGCCCAGGCGCUCGCCCAGGAGCGCGGUGUGACCCCCAGUGACGAGCAAGGCACCAAGCUCUUUUCGAUGCUUGUCGAGGAGCUCGCGUUUCAGGCGCGCGGCAACCUCUCGCCCAUGGUCGCCUUUAUUGGCGGCUUUGUCGCGCAAGAGGUGCUCAAGGCGUGCAGCGGCAAGUUCCACCCCUUGAUGCAGUACAUGUACGUCGAUGCGCUCGAGGCGCUCCCGACGAAUGCCGCGUCGCUGCCCGAGAGCGAGUUUGCGGCGCAGGGUUCGCGCUACGACGGCCAGGUCGCCGUCUUUGGCCGUGCGUUCCAGGAGCGCAUUGCGAACGCGCGCCAGUUCCUGGUCGGCUCUGGUGCGAUUGGCUGCGAGAUGCUCAAGAACUGGAGCAUGAUGGGCCUCGGCUCUGGCCCGAACGGCCAGAUCUUUGUCACGGACAUGGACACGAUCGAGAAGAGCAACCUGAACCGCCAGUUCCUCUUCCGCCAGAAGGACGUGGGCAACUUUAAGGCCGACACGGCCGCUGCGGCGGUGGCCGAGAUGAACACCGAUCUGCAGGGCAAGAUCCACUCGUUCCAGAACCGCGUCGGGGUGGAGACAGAAGACGUGUACGGCGACGACUUCUUUUCGAAGCUCGAUGGUGUGACGAACGCGCUCGACAAUGUCGCCGCGCGCCAGUACAUGGACCGCCGCUGCGUCUACUACCAAAAGCCCCUGCUCGAGUCGGGCACGCUCGGCACCAAGGCAAACACGCAGGUGGUGGUGCCAAACCUCACCGAGUCGUACUCCUCGUCGCAGGACCCUCCGGAGAAGUCCAUCCCGGUGUGCACGCUCAAGAACUUCCCGAACCAGAUCGAGCACACGAUCCAGUGGGCGCGCGAGCAGUUUGACGAGCUCUUCCAGAAGCCGGCCGAGAACGUGAACAUGUACCUGACGCAGCCCGAUUUUGUCGCGUCACUCGGUGCGUCGGACAGCACCUCGAAGCAGCAGCUCGAGCAGGUCAAGGAGUACCUCGUGGACCAGCGCCCCCAGACCUUUGACGCGUGCAUUGCGUGGGCGCGUCUCAAGUUUGAGGAGAACUAUGCCAACAUGAUCAAGCAGCUGCUCUUCAACCUGCCCGCCGACGCGGUGACCUCGACGGGCCAGCCUUUCUGGUCGGGUCCGAAGCGCGCGCCCACGCCGAUUGCGUUCGACAUUGAGAACCCGAUGCACCUCGAGUACAUUGUCUCUGCGGCGAACCUCCACGCGGAGAACUAUGGUCUGAAGGGCAACAGCGACCUCGCCGUGUACCGCCGCGUGCUCGAGCAGGUGUCGGUGCCUGCCUUUGCGCCCAAGACGGCCAAGGUGCAGAUCAACGACAACGACCCUGCGCCUGUGGCCGGCAACGCGGCGGAGGACGAGGCGAGUGUCGAGGAGCUCACUGCGAGCCUCCCGGCCCCGGCGGAGCUGACGGGCUACCGCAUGCACCCCAUCGAGCUCGAGAAGGACGACGACACGAACUACCACAUCGCCUUUAUCACGGCGGCGUCGAACCUGCGUGCGGUGAACUAUUCCAUCAACCCGGUGGACCGCUACACGACCAAGGGUAUUGCCGGCAAGAUUAUUCCGGCCAUUGCGACGACGACCGCGCUCGCGACUGGUCUCGUGAACCUCGAGCUGUACAAGCUGCUGGACCACAAGACGGAUAUCGAAAAGUACUCGAACGCUUUCGUGAACCUCGCGCUGCCAUUUAUUGCUUUCAGCGAGCCGAUCGCCGCGCCGAAGCAAAAGUACAACGACACCGAGUGGACGCUCUGGUCGCGCUUCGACAUCGACCGCGACGUGACGCUCCAAGAGUUCCUCGACUACUUUAAGGCGAAGCAGCUCGAGGUGACGAUGGUCUCGAGCGGCGUCUCGAUGCUCUUCUCCGACUUUAUGCCGCCGAAGAAGAAGGAGGAGCGCCUGGCGAUGCCGCUGAGCGAGCUUGUGCAGACCGUGUCCAAGAAGCCGAUUCCCGCACACGUCAAGAGCAUCAUCGUCGAGAUCAUGGCCGACGAUGCCAGCGGCGAAGACGUCGAGGUGCCCUACGUCAAUGUGCGUAUCCGCCCGUAG